AUGUCUUGUGAAUCACCACCACCACCAAAUGUACAACUACGUGUGCUUCGUCCUCUCUCACCGCUAGAACGAUAUUACACAAUCCGUCAGGCGCUAAACUACUACACAAACAUCACCUCCUACGUACGCUAUACCCACACAAAACUAUCGUCUAUUCCAUUUGCAAAUGUGAGAACGAAAAUAACGCCAAUACUCUAUAGAACACUGAGAGCCUUGGUUCUGGCACAUCCGGCGCUUUCGGCUGCAUUCUUUUGUAUAAAAUCUAAUUCACCGAAAUUCGUGCAUAUUCCUAUGAUAGAUUUAUCAUCGAUUGUCACUUUCGUGACGAUGAAUAAUGAGAGUGAAGACCAGGAAUUAGAACGAUUACUCGAGGCGCAACAUGAGAUUGGAUUUCGCCAGGAUAAUUUUAAUAUACCUCUGUGGCGUGUGGUAUUUGUGUUGAAUAAGGCGCGGAGGAAUGAGCUGGGAGUUUUGUUUGUAUAUCAUCAUGGAAUUGGGGAUGGACAAAGUUCUUAUGCGUUACAUAAUUUAUUUUACAAAUUUUUGAAUGAAAAUUUGGAUUUAUUGGAUUCGAAUACACCGAUACCUGAUGAUCAUACACUCAGAAAAGAAGCAAUAAUUCAGGUGCCGAUAAAGCCACUUCCACAGCCAAUCAACGAAAGAAUCUUACUUCGUCCUCCUCUUCAUAAAAUAGUUCCUCUUGUUGCGCCACAUCUUAUUAUCCCGUCUUUCGUUCAAGCAGUUACAGACAAUAAAUACUGGGCAGGAGACAUUCCUUCAAGAUCUCUGAAUAGUUAUCGUACAAAAGUAAAAAUAUUCGCGCUGACCAAAGACGAAUUUCAAAAAUUAUACGGAUACGCUAAGAAUGAAGGUAGCACAAUUCAAGCAGCAUUAUACGCGGCAGUACUAUUUUCUGCCACCAAACAUCUGGUAACUGUCAUCAAUAACUCAAAAUUCAGGAAAAAAUCAACUUUAUCCCUUAGAAUCCCAACACCGAUUUCUCUUCGUCCGAUCGCGGAUCCACCAAUCUCCCCAAAUGAAUUUGGCAUCUACAUAACCGAAUUCACUGCCAAUCCACUAGUGAGAAGGGUUCAUAAGACCGGGUUUUGGAAUAUAGCAAGAGAUUGGCGAACAGAUUUUCUAAAGAGCAAACCCGAGGCUAUGCACAAGAUCUGGUUGCUGAAAUUUGUGGGAGAACGUUAUGAAGAGUGGAUAAAAUGGCUGAAGGGACGACGAUUUGCAAUUGAAAAUGAUGGAAUGGGAAGAAAUGCUUCCGGCGAAAUAUCGAAUCUGGGAAGAUGGAUUGUUACUGAUGACGAGGAGCAUGAAAAAAGUUCUGAAACAGAUGUAGGUAUGAGAAAAGAAGAAAAAUGGGGAAUAACUGAUAUGACCUUCUCGCAGUGUGCAUAUGUGAUUGGUUCAGCUUUCAACCUUAAUGUAGUAACAUAUGGUGAUAAUUUUCGAUGCGCGGUGACGUAUCAAGAGGGGGCAAUUUCCGACUACAAAAUGGAGAAAUUUGUUAGUGGAUUGACCGACAUUUUGAAAUGUGUGGCUGAAAAAGGAGAUGUCAAAUUUGGGGAACUUUGA